AUGCUUUUAUCUGUCAACGAAUAUCCGAUCUAUUCUCAAUUGAAAUCCAUUGCUUAUUUCAUCCUGUCCGUAAUCGCUGCUGGCUUGGUGAUAUCGAUUGGUCUUGUCACCUCCACUCAAAUAUCAGGUUAUCAUUUACAAAAUAUGUAUUUUCCUGUACAGAAAAAUAACUGUCAGUGCGAAUGCUGGGAUGGAUUUUUCCGUGGGAAAUAUUCGCGAGGCGGUUACAAGACGUUCUAUUUCAAUUACGAACGACAAAUGAUUACUAUUCUCUGUGUCGUUCUCUUCUACGCUGAACUCUUACGUCAUGUUCUACUAAAUCUUGUUCUACGAAGGCAAUUGCUCUUGGUUCUGUUCAUUCCUUCACUCUAUUCGAAUUUCUAUGGUAUUUGGUCUAUCAUUAAUUAUCUCAAUGAUCAUGAUUAUCAACGAAUGUUAAAAUCUCAGAUCUAUUUUUCGAUAACAGAAUUAGUCGCGAGUUAUAUUUUUUACCAAUGUCUCUCCGCACGCAACAAAUUGCAUAUUCCGUGUUCGUUUAUUUAUCUACUCUGUACAAUAGCUUCAUUACACAUUCUCUUGGCUUUUGGGGAAUUAAAUGCCGAUCAAUUAGCAAGAAAUAUUGGUUUAAUUCUCUCGGAUAUCAUUAGUCUUACUUGGACGGGCGUACUUCUCAUAAAAAAUGCUAAACUACGACCAAAUAAACGAGCUCUGUGUACAUGGGUGUGUGUUGCUUUUUGUUUAUGGUUGUUUUACCAUAUGUUUUGUCCAUUUCGUGAAACAUUGGACUGA